AUGGCAGGGGAGGACGAGCAGUGCAGGGAUACGAUCCGAGCCAACGGCGCGAUCAGGCCGAUCAUAAACAAGCUCAAUGGUAGGAUGGUGGAGGUCCAGAAGAUCAGCGCCUGGGCCCUUGCAAACCUCAUGCGGGGCCAGGACCCCAAGUUGGACGAGUUCUUCGCAAUGGGGCUGGGGGAGGUGGUGGUUGAGCUGAUCCUGACGCAAGAGGAGGUGCCGUCCUCGCAUGCUUCAUCCGAACUCAUGGUCGAAGUCGUCUGGCUCCUCUCCAUCCUCACUCACAACCAGGAGAAGUUCGCCCUACACCUGUGCCAGGUUGGAGUAGCGAGCAAGCUUGUGCGAUACCUCGAGAGCGGAAUGGCGCAGCUGGAGAUGCCGGCAUUGCGAUGUAUCGGCAACAUGAUCUGCGGGCCGGACGAGAUCACUGAUCACCUCCUCUCGCAUCCCGCCUGCCUCAAGCAGCUUCACGUGAUGCUGCAGACAGGGAACAAGGGCCUCAUGAAGGAGGCGACAUGGGUUCUGUCCAACAUCGCGGCAGGGAAGGCGAACCAUCGAGCAGCGAUGAUGGAGGAAGGAGUACAUGCGUCCCUCAUCGUGAUCCUCAAGACCUCACACUUCGACAUCCGCAAGGAAGCAGCAUUCGCUCUCUUCCACCUCCUGCACGACCCUGCUUACACACCAACUCUCUUCACUCCCGAGCUCGCGACGGAGUUUGUUGGGCUUCUGCGAGCUCCCGACCCUCAGGUGGUCGACAUGGCUCUCACUGUGGCUGAGCGAAUUCUUGCGACAAUGGAAGGAGGACCAAGACUCUUCGAGGAGGCAGACGGCAUCGACGCGCUGGAGCAGCUGAUCUACGCCAACUCGUCGCAGGCUGUCGUUGCUCGCUCGAGCUUCCUCGGUGAAUCGCCGAGAAGAGAAGGAGGAGACGCUGACGUCUGCGCAGUCGACAAGUACUUUGGGGAGGACGCGGAGCCCUACUGA